AUGAAGAAUUACUUCUAAAUCAAUGAAUAGAUAUCAUAAACAGAAAAGAUCAUCUUACCAGACGAUACACCAAUAAGAGAUAAACCUAACAUUAUUACAACAAUGAAAACUACUUGGUUGACUUUUCUGCCAUAUGCCUUUCUAAAACAAAUUAUGUAACCUGCUAAUAUUUAUUUUAUUGUUAUUGGAAUAUUAUAAAUAAUACCUGUGACUUCUUAUACUAAUGGGGUCCCAAUAAUUUAUGGACCUUUAUCUAUGAUGAUAAGUAUUAGUAUAUUGAAAGAUGCUAUUGAAGAAUAUUCAAGGUAAAAAAUCUUAUUAAAAUAGAUAUAAAUCUGAUUAAGAAGAAAAUAAUAGGAAAUCUCAAAAAUAUAUUGAUAAUUAGUUUAUAGUUUGUAAUUGGAAGGAUAUCUAUUAAGCAGACAUUAUUUUAGUUAUGGAAAAUGAAAGUAUUCCAUGUGAUAUUUUAAUACUGUCUUCAAGUUAUUAAGGAGGUAUUGCUUAUGUGGAGACCAAACAAAUUGAUGGUGAGACAAAUUUAAAAUAAAAAUACUCAAUCUAUAAUUUACAAUAAAGAUAUCAUAAAGAUAAUGUUAUCAAUUUUGUAUUUGUAUAUUAAUAAUUAGUAGCAAAAAAAUAACAAUGUAAAGUUUGUAUAUGAUUAGAAGAAUCCAAUUCUAUAUAAAUUAUCAGGAACAUUUUAAAUAAGUAAUUCUGAAGUUGAAUCAGUUAAUUAUGGUAAUUUUAUUGAAAGAGAUUGUAUCUUAAAAAAUACAGAAUGGAUAAUAGGUUUAUGUAUUUACAGUGGUAUGGACUGCAAAAUUAUGCUUAAUUGUUCUCAAGAAAGAACAAAAAGAAGUAGAUUAGAAUAUUAUAUGAGAAUCUGCAUUAUUUCUAUAUCAAUCACCUUGGCAUUAUUUUGUAUAAUGGCUUCAAUCUAUGAAUUUCUAUGGACAAACAAUCAUCUUAAUUAUUCAUAUUUAGGACUUUCUAAAGAUAAUGUAUUUGUAGAUUUAGGUCUAUGGUUUUCGUUACUUUCAUAUUUUAUACCAAUAUCUUUGGUUGUAAAUGUGGAAUUAGUAAAGUUUGGUUAAGCAAAAAUGUUAGAAUCAGACAAAGUGAUGCCUAAUUCAAAAUCUCAUCAAUCUAAUUUGAUUGAAUAAUUAGGAGAAAUUAAUAUAGUUUUUACUGAUAAAACAGGUACAUUAACUAAGAACUGUAUGCAAUUUAGAGAUAUGUAUACUUAAAAUGAGAAAGAGGCCUUAUUGUGUUUGAGUUUGUGUCAUUCUGUUGUAAAAUCAAAAAAUAAAUUGAUAGGAUCUUCUCCUGAUGAAUUGGCAAUUUUAGAUUAUUGUGAAUAAAAAGGUUAUUUAUUUUAAGGCAUUGAUAACAAUAAUCAUAUCACCAUAAACAAUACAUAAUUUCCUCGUGUAAUGAAUUUUGAUUUUAGCAGUGAAAAAAAGAGGAUGACAAUAGUUGUAAAAACAGGAAAUGAGUAUAUUUUAUUUUGUAAAGGGGCAGAUGAAGUAUUACUAGAGUUAAUAGGAGAAUGUAAACAUUAAAAUAUCAUUCAUUAAUUUGCAGUUAAGGGAUACAGAACUUUAAUGUUAGGCAGAAAAACUUAUAAUCAAAAUGAAAUGGAAAUAUAUUUGGCAGAGUAUAAUUAUUUAAUAAUGUAAUAGUUACAAAAGAGCUUAAGAGGAUAAGGAUGAGGAGAUGAUGAAUAAAUUACAAAAGAUAUUGGAAUCUAAUUUAGAAUUUCUGGGUAUAACAGCUGUAGAAGACUUGUUAGCAGAUGAUGUUGGAUAAACAAUAUAAGAUUUAAAAUCUGCAGAUAUAAAGGUUUGGGUUCUUACAGGAGAUAAAGUUGAAACAGCAAUAUCAAUAGGAUAUUCAUGUAAUUUGAUAGAAAGCAAGGAUAUGCUGUAGGUAGUCACUGAGACAACAGUUGGAAGUAUUGAGGAAGUAUUUUUGCAUUAUUGUAAUGAGUCAGCUAACAUUGCAUUGGUGAUUAGCGGAUAAGCAUUAUCAGUAAUGUUAGAUAAUCCAUAACUUAAAUCAAUGCUACUAAAAAGAGCUUUCUAUGCUAAAGUUGUUAUAGUGGCUAGAGUUUCUCCAAAAUAAAAGUAAUAAGUUGUAGCAUUAGUUAAGGAACAUCUUCCAAAAGCAUAUACUUUAGCUAUUGGAGAUGGAGCUAAUGAUGUUUCUAUGAUAAAUGAAGUAUAAUUGAAAUAUUUAUGAAAGGCACAUGUUGGUGUUGGAAUUUAAGGAGUUGAAGGGACUUAAGCUGCUAGAGCUGCUGAUUUUGCAAUUUAAGAAUUUAAACAUCUAAAAAGAUUAAUGUUUUAUUAUGGAGUUGAAUGUUCAAGAAGAAAUGCACUUACAAUUCUAUACAUAUUUUUUAAAAAUUAAGUGUUUAUUACUCCUUAUUUUUGGUUUGGAUUUCUAAAUGGUUUUAGUGGAUAAUACUUAUAUGAUCAAUGGUUGUCUUAAUUAUUUAAUACAGUUUUUGCUGCUCUACCUUAAGUAUUAUAUGCACUCUUUGAUGAAAUGCAUCCUUCCUCUGAAUAUUUAUAAUGGGGCAAAACAACACACAAUUUACUUGAAUAUAAACCUGAUGUCUAUGUUUAAUUUAGAUAAUAACCCAUUUUUACUGUUAUUAAAUUCUGGCUAUGGGUUUUUAAUGGAAUGGUUUAAGGCUUGAUAAUAUUUCUAGUCUGUACAUUCUCUACUGAAAAUUUAAAUAUGAAUAAUGGUAUGACAAUGGAAUUUUUUGAAGAUGGAGUAUUUAUCUUUGGAAUUGUCAUUCUACUUGUCAAUCUUAAAAUAUUCACUUUUACAUAUACUAAUUAUAACUUUACAGUAUUUUUCAUUUUAUUUUCAAUUCUUGUUUAUUGGCUAAUCUUAAUUAUGGUGAAUAAUUAUGAAUUAUCUCCCUCAUUUAAUUUUUAUAGAUAUUUAGUCUCGUAUUUAUUUCAUUUUUUAUUCUAGACCAUAACUAUAUUUAGCUUUAGCUUUAACUUUUAUGCUUUUUUUAUUCGAUUUGGCCAUUGA